AUCAUCAUGAAACUUAUGGCAUCAGAGAUAAGAUUAUAUUUAUGUAUGCCACAUCAAAAGUUGGUCUGGUGACUGGGCACUAGAAAUGUUUCUCAACCUAACCUUGUGCACGUCAAUCUAAAGAAGAAGAUGAAAUACCGAAGUACUAGGUCGUCAAACGGUAACGUCGAUCUUCAAUCGUUUGAAGAUGUUCUAUUCUCACCAGGUUAUGCCAAAGAUGGAGGUCUUUAUGUAUGUGACUAUAUUCCACAAAUAACAAAAGAUCAACUUAAUUCUUGGAAAAACCUCAAAUACCCUGAUGUUGCGAAAAAAAUCCUUAGACUGUUUACCUCAGAAGAUGAGCUAACAGAAAAUGAAAUUGAAGGAGUUGUUACCUCAGCUUUUGAAGAUUUUGAAUUUCCUGACAAGGUCAUACACCUUGAAAAGUUAGAUGACAGUAUGUACAUUGCCGAACUGUUUCAUGGGCCAACUCUGGCAUUUAAAGAUUUGUCUUUAGCUGUGCUUGCAAAGCUUUUAGAAAUCUUCCUGAAAAAAAGGGGCAAGGAAAAACGUGUUACAAUUCUGGUAGGGACAUCUGGUGACACCGGUCCCGCUGCAGCUCACAGUGUCGCCAAUCUUGAUAGGGUCAACCUAGUCCUUCUGUAUCCGUUGAAUCGGGUAUCAAAAAUUCAAGAACUUCAAAUGCUGACUGUGAAAGCUUUAAACGUACAUAUUUGUUCUGUCGAGGGAAAUUCAGAUCAGUUGGACGAACCCAUCAAAGAAUGUUUUCAAGAUGAAAACUUCUCAGCGGCGCACAGUCUGGGCUCUUUCAACAGCAUACAAUGGGGCCGAAUUCUCCUUCAAGCUGCUCACUAUGUUUACAUAUACCUCCAGUGCUGUCCCAACAUUGGUGAUAAGAUAUGUAUCGUAGUACCAACUGGAGCGGCAGGGAAUUUGGCUGCUGGAUUCCUUGCACAUGAAAUGGGCUUUCCUAUCAAGCUUGUCGCUUCAGUGAAUUCUAAUGAUAUUUUGGCACGUUCGUUUCAAAAAGGAGAUUACAGUCCAUCGUCCACUGUAGCUGCAUCUUUAGCACCAGCUAUGGAUAUUCAGGCUCCUUACAACAUUGAGCGGGUAUUGUACUUUGCAACUCAUGGUGAUUCCAUGGCGGUGAAAAAUAUUAUGCAAGAUUUUGAGCAAAGUGGGAAAGUCAAACUUUCAACAGACAUGCUUUCUGCCAUACACGAAGUCAUUGCUGCCACGGUAUCAGUAAGUGAUACAGACAUUGUGCAAGCUAUGCAACUCUGUUACAGCCAAUACAACUAUGUUGUUUGUCCUCACACUGCAACAGCAGUUUCCUAUUGCUUCAAUGUAAAACACCACGAAAAACAGGUACUCGUUUGUCUUGCCACAGCUUCCCCAGCGAAAUUCCCAGAGGCCUGUGAAGCGGCAGGAUUGGGCCUGUCAACACACCACAGAGUGAACAGGUUAAAACUAGAAACUGAAAUUUCCUUGCCCCGGCACACCUUCCUACGAGGACAAGAUUGGACAAGCCAAUUAAAAAGCAUCAUCCUUACGAUAUAAAGCUAUUGUAUACCAACAUACAAAAGGUUAAUACUUGCCAAAGAUUAAUUUUGUGUGUCAUUAAACGGGUGGUGGAAACCCAUGCAAAUGUAGCACUGUUUCGUGCCUAAGGACAAUACAUGUUCUGAACACUG